UCCAUUUCUAAUUCUACUUCUUCUACUACCCAAAAACUAAAAACCUUCCAAAAUCUUCCUCCUUCUUUUCUUCCUCCAAAAUAAUAAUAAAAAAAUAACAAAAAAAGCUUCUAUAAAAAAAUCCAUGACUGAGUCGUUCACCGAGUUGAUCCCGGGUUUACCCGACGACCUCGCUCUCGAGUGCUUGACUCGCCUCCACUUCUCCACUCACCGAGUCGCCGCCCGAGUCAGCCGCCGCUGGCGCCGCCUCUUCCAGAGCCGCGACUUCUACUACCACCGGAAGCUCACCGGCCACACCCGCAAAGUCGCCUGUCUGGUCCAGCUCCUCCCGGCACAGGCCGAGGCCCAGGCGCAAUCCGGCCCGGAUCGGCCCAAGCCGACUUCCCCGCCGGCCUACGGUGUAUCGAUUUUUGAUCCGGUGAGUGGGUUAUGGAGCAGGGUCGACCCGGUCCCGAAGUACCCGGAUGGGCUGCCGCUGUUCUGCCAGGUGGCGAGCUCUGAGGGGAAGCUGGUCGUGAUGGGCGGGUGGGACCCGACGAGCUACGAUCCGGUGAGGGACGUGUUCGUGUACGACUUCACGACGCUGACGUGGUGGCAGGGGAGGGACAUGCCGGAGGCGAGGUCGUUCUUCGCCGCCGGGGAAAUCUCCGGCCGGGUGUUCGUCGCCGGCGGGCACGACGAGAGCAAGAACGCGCUGAGCUCGGCGUGGGCCUACGACGUGGCGGCGGACGAGUGGGCCCCGCUUCCCCGGAUGAGCCAGGAGCGGGACGAGUGCGAGGGACUCGUGGUCAGGUCGGAGUUCUGGGUCGUGAGCGGGUACCGGACAGAGACCCAGGGCGGGUUCGAGGCGAGCGCGGAGCAGUACGACGCCGAUGCCGGAGAGUGGCGGCGCGUGGAGGACGCGUGGGGGGCAAGCCGCUGCCCGAGGUCAAAUGUCGGGGUGGGGAAGGACGGGAGGCUGUUUUGCUGGGCGGAUUCCGACUUGGCGGUGAGGGUCGGGUCGUGCGGAAUCAAAUUGGGCGGUCGGACGUAUGUAUCCGGGUCGGGUUGCCAAGGCGGGUCGCAGGAGUUCUUCAUGGUGGAAGGGCAGAGUGGUAAAUUGAGGAGGAUUGAGGUUCCUGAUGAGUUCGUGGGGUUUGUACAAUCAGGCUGCUGUGUCGAGGUUUAAAGUGCUUAGACAGUUUUGAGUUCUAUAGAACACAUGUGAAGAUAUGGAGUUUCUACGUGUGCUUGUUUUCCCAUAUCACGAGAAUAUGUGUUGCUGAUCCAUGUGUUAUCUAGAGUGAGAAUUUUCAAUUUCGUCUGUAAUGUGAGUAAUAUCUGUAAAUUGCAUAUAAAAAAAUUUUGGAGCCUCUUUGUUAUGAUUUCAAAGGUUCAAAGUUUCAUUUGCC